AUGGCCAUCAACUGGAGGCUGAGAGACACAGUCUUCCGACUGCUCGCAGCCGUAUACGCUGAGUUGGGUGAAGAAGCUUUCAAAGGCCGAUACGUCUCAAUUGCGCAGUAUUUUGGACCAGAUGCUACAUACGACGCAAUCAAGUCCUUCUUCAGCAAAGAGGUCUCGCGGGCGGCUGAACAGCUCAUGGCCAAAGAGCCUCACCACCGCGGCUCGGGUCGAAGAGCGCCUCAGAGACGAGAUGGGCGGCAAGCACGACCGCCAUUUCUGUACUUUGACGACGAGGACAUCAGCAUCUUGACUGAGCGAGAAGCCGAGGCGCAUUUCAAUCAUUCUCUUCGGGCACCCGCAAAACGACCUCGAGUCGUCGCAACAUCCCCUGUGCCAUCUGCCGUACAGGACGGAUUGCUCCAUGCUGUAGUCCCAGAGAGGACACCCGUCAACGCACUCCCCAACGGCGGCGGUAACGAGGACCGAGUUGCAAGUCCACACGAAGCCUCUGCAGGCCCAUCGAGUUGUCCAUGUCCAUCCUCAAACCCAGGCCCUAGUUCAUACUUUACACCAAAUGAACAAGAGGACCACACUGCGCAAGAGAAGGAAACAGGAAGCAAGAAAAGACCCUUCUCGGCCUUGAAUGACACAGCAGAGAAAUUACAACACCUAUCCGUUCGACCUAGCGACCAUAGCACUCCAAUACCAGACUCCUUUGGCUAUGUUACCAAUCAAGGCCAGUUCCGCUGUGCUCUCUGUCUGAGCCAACUUCCCAGUCAAGAGGACCUGGACCGCCAUGAACUGUUAAGCAGGGAGCACCGGCGAAACCUCCAGAACUCAUUGAAGUUGUCUAAAGGUCGGGAGAAGCUUGCACAAGUCACUUCCGUCUCGAGAAUUGGGCCACAUCUGUCCACUCCUGUGCCUCCUCAGCCGCCGAGACUGUGCGGCGAGGACAGGGGUGUUGUGAUCAGCGCGAACGGCGGGCCUUCACAGGGCAUCAUACAAGAGAACGGGGGUGAGCCUUCUCGGCCUAUACACCCGGAACAAAGCCCAAACCACUGCGAUACGCUUUGUGAUACGAUUGAAGUAUUCAGUCAACCAACCACCCUUGUGUGUCAGCCCGAGCCAACGCAAGCCAGAACUGCAACACCGGCCUUCCAGCCCGAGACUCUAGAUCAAAGAGUCGACAAGGGCAAAGGGCGCGCUGCAUCGCUAUCGUCUUCAUUCUCGGAUCAAACUCCGCAGCAAUAUUCCCAGCCAGGCCCGUGUCCACCGUCUGAAGAGGCGCGUGCGGACUCUCUCCACACAAGACCAACAACAGCACGAACAGAGAUCGGAUCAAUCACCCCAUCCAACUCGAUGACCGGGCAAAAUCCGGGGUCAAAUGCUGGGACGGCCCCCCUUUUCUCGGCUACUGAGAUUUCCGAAAUCAUGCGCUCGACGGAGGUGAUGAUACGGCUGAUGAGCUAUGUACAGAAAGAAGCAGUGGCGGUGGUGAAAGCAGAUGCCGGGGCUGGUGGCAGUGAGAGCAGUGCUGAGGCUAGGCGUAUGUCAGACGGCGCUCCAAGAUCGCCCUUACAGUCCCUGGAACCAGGGCCUGUUGCGCCUGAGGCCAACCACACCGACGGAGCGGUUGAGACCAACAUCAAACGACGACGGCAGCAAGGAAGAGUGAAGGCUGAAAGGGCAAAGGAUACAGGAGAAGAAGUUUUUUUCAUAGUUUUGGAUUGA